GAUUCCCUCCAUCUGUCUUUCUUUUCCCUUUAGUUUGUCUUUUCCCGUGCUAAAAUGCACGACUCCGUCCCUCCCGUCAUCACCAACGACGACAAUGUCCAGCACCAGUCCUCGACGUCGUCCACAACAGCGAGUCAGAACAAGAAACCAAGACAUCGUCACAGUCCAGCUCAGCUCGCUGCCCUCAAUGAGCUAUUCGACAGGAACGAGCAUCCAUCAUUAGAUGACAGAUCUUCUCUGGCAGACAAACUCGGGAUGGAGACCAAAACGGUCAACGCCUGGUUUCAAAAUAAACGGGCGUCUACUAAAAAGCGGAAUAAAACCAAUCCUCAUCCUCCACCCUCCUCCCAGGUCCAAAAUACACCAUCAGAGCAGGAUGGCACUUCUUCUACAUCCACUAACCUGCCUUCCAUAUCGACGCUCCUAAACCCCUUAUCCGGAACAUCUCCUGCAUAUAGCUCCACUUCGUCCGCUCAUUCCCAUAAUAAUACACAUUCGCAUCCCCCAAUAUUCAGUACAAAAGAAAUGCAGGACUAUCCUUUGGACAAUGAUUUGCACCACUCGGGUAUCACCACCAUGGGUCCCGAAGAGAGCGGGGCUGCCCUUCAAGGAUCCUUUUUCGCCGGAACGCCCGAGACUCUUCCUCAACGCUUCUUCACCGAAAAUGAUGUUGCCUCUAAUGGGAGAAGAAUGCGCAUGCGUCCAACCAGCGAACAAACUGAGGAACUCAGGAAGGCAUAUAAUACCAAUCCGCACCCAAGUAAGGACGACCGUGAAGAGCUGGGAGAAAAAUUAGGCAUGCGCUACCAGAGCAUUACGAACUGGUUCCAGAACCAACGCAGUUUGGCCAAGAAGCGUAAAGAUGAUGAUGUCGACUCCUCGUCUUCUUCCGCUCCCACAUCUAAGCAUGCCCGUACUCAUUCAUAUUACGAAGACGAUCAAUCUGACCGAAGAGAUGAUGACUCUUACAGGAGGGAACACGAUCCCGAUCGAAGGCAUCAUGCUGUGGAAGAGCAUGAAAGGAUUUCUAGAACGCAUAACCCGUCAGGGCUUUCCUCUGGUCAUCCUGUCGCACAUCGUUCUUCUAUUUCCUCCUUGUUAAACGCGGAAGACCGUCUUUCUCUCCCUCCAUCGUUUCCACCCUCCUUUUCUCCCUUUCGUCCCUAUCCCCCCUCUCCGCGUCGCAGAGGAAAUAGUACAAGGCGCAGCGUUACGCCUUAUCACUUGUCACCUUCUGUAUUUAGCGCAGGUCGAACUCGUGACCUUGGUCAUGGUGUACAUGGUCGUGAACACCGCAGUAUGUCCCAGACGGACUCGGUGGCUUUCGAGCGUGUCCUCCAUCCUGAGGCGGCACUCACACGUCCGCGACGCACUCGCCCAGAACCUUAUCAACUGGAAGCGCUCAAGAAACUGUUCAUGCGCACAUCAAAUCCAUCGAUUGAAGAACGGACUGCUUUAGCGUCCGAGGUUGGCAUGGAUGUCGGCAAGGUGACAAACUGGUUCAGAAAUCUACGGCAGACCGCUAGGAAGCGUGCGAAAAAAGCGGAGGGUGGCCGUACGCGACGCGGAAGAGGCGGAACGUCAUCUGCGGGGGCAUCUCGGUCUGGAACCCCUUGGGGUGGUAUCUCAUCCUCAGGGUCCUCAUCGGUUGAUUACGAUUUUGACAUUGAGAGGGACUACGAGGAUAUCGAGCUCGACUUUGAGAAGUAUAACGAAGGUGAUGAAGAUACAGCAAUGGACCUGACCUACGACGGGGCCGAUGAGGAUGAUGGACGGCCAGGGUCUGGGAGCGAGGAAGACUAUCAGGAAGCGGUUACUCCCGAUCCUGGAAUGUCCCCAUCUCCACCACCGAAGCGCCAGCGUAAUGUGGGCAUGAACCCUGCAGGGAUUCCACGAGAGGUCAACAAACCUGUUGGAAUGUCUGGAGUUGUACCUGAUGUCGGUGUCGGAAUGGCUGUUGGUGUUGGGAUGGGUACGACAGCAACGUACUCGGGUGUAAAGCUUGAGGAUGCACUUCUCCUUUUAAGCUUCCAUCACCACGUCGUGCAUUAGCUGCGUAAAAACAGUGUCGUAAUUAUGAGUUACCAAGUGUAUUGUGUUGUGUUGUGUAGCAUUUAAUCCCUUCGUGUUCUCUUCCCAUUUCUUGGUGUAUCUAGAGCUUUCACUCGUUUGUGCGGCCCCUCGAGUCAUCCGUCAUAAAAACAAAACAGCAUUUUCUUCUCGUGGUUUUGCGACAAUUGUGAUAGACUUUCACUCUCAUAUUGUCAAUUGUGUCACCUUUCAUCGUCUUAAUCCAAUUUCUUCUUACCAAUGCCGUCAGACACGCCAUCGGCUGGUAUAGCCUUACGAUUCUCAUAAACAUCAACCGCGACUACGUUUUCAUCUCGUGUUUUUGAACCUUUAUUAUAUUUCAUUAUUCGUCUCGUGCGUCUCAUGCAUUCGUUUAUCAAUCAUGCUAUAUAUUCAAUCGGCUUCAGAUCUUCUUGCACGUACACUCUUCUCGCUCGCUUACCAACUCACGUUUAUGUAGCCCCUGACCUGCGUCUCGUUCGAUGUUGUG